AAAUUUUAUUUUAUCAAUUUUAUGUAUUAUUUACUGUAAUUUAUAUUUAAUGACAGAUUGUAAUUCACAUACCUAUCUCAUCCUAAUCAUGGAAUUAUAUAAACAAGGAGCAGAAUCAAAAAUAUUCACUACAACUUUCUCAGAUCGAAAAGCCAUUGUCAAAGAACGAUUUUCAAGACAAUAUAGAAACAAAUUGUUGGAUUUAAAUAUACGAAAAGAACGCACAAAAGCUGAAGCGAAAGCUAUUUUGAAAUGUAAACAAGGUGGAAUUGCAACUCCUGUUAUAUAUUCUUUGGAUUUAAAUGACUACAAAAUAAUAAUGGAACAUAUAAAUGGUCAAACAGUCAAUGACUAUCUAACUAAUAUGAAAGAUAAACCAGAUGAUAAUGGCAAUUUGACCAAAUUACUCAUAAACAUUGGAUCUAUUAUAGGAAAAAUGCAUUCUCUUGGAGUAUUUCACGGCGAUUUAACGACUUCCAACAUCAUACAAAAAGACGAUGGUACAUUGGUGUUAAUUGAUUUUGGCCUUAGUCAUUUUAAUCCAAGUAUUGAAGAUAAGGCCGUAGAUUUAUAUGUUUUAGAAAGAGCAUUUAUCAGUACACAUUCUUAUUUUUCACACUUACAUCCAGUAAUUAUGGAUGGUUAUAAAAAUGGUUACGAGUUGGAUGUUAAAGCUGUUCUUAAUCAAUAUCAAAAUGUUCGAGGUCGAGGUCGUAAACGACUAAUGAUUGGCUAGUUUGUUUAAAACAACUUGUAUAUUUUGUUUAAAAUAAAAAUGAUUUUAUUGUA